AUGCUACCCAUAAGUUCUAAUGGAUCAACUGUUAGAUCGAUUAAAAUGAAAAUCUUGUUCCCAUUGGCAACACAAAACUGAGGAGCGAUAAGAUGGGGCAUAUAAAUUAGACAUACAAGUAGAUGGCAAAUGCAUAUGAAAUAAGAAUAUUAAAACAAAAAGAGCAUCAUUCAUAAAUAUAUCUCGUUAAUGUAACAACUGAGUAGAUUAGGGAAAUACAAUAUAAACUUAUACAUUUCUCAUAAGUGUAUGUAUGAGUCUAUGUUUCGGGAGUAGUUCGUUGGGCAUGGUUGCCUGAGAUAACUCAAGUAGUCCAUUAUUUAGUUGCGUGGCGGUCUUCGCUGACCAAGGAGCUUUGGCUUGACUAGAAGAAAAAAGUGUGAAAUAAUUAUACUUAAAAUGCAAAGGCUUUGAUUAAAAUAGUGUUUUUAUAAAUAAUUUUGUGAAAAAAAAUUAACAAACAAUGAAGUUAUUCUCCAAAAUAUUGGCAGUUAUGCUCAUUUUGGGACCUCUGCCUAAUCUAGCUGCUGUGUCAAAGCGUCAAAGUGACUUGGACACUUAUGAGCAGUUUGAUGAUGAUGACUUUGUGCCGGUGAGCCCUUGCAGCAUACAACGAGCUGGUGAUCCGGACCUUACCAAUUAUGAUAUCAUCUCUUCUUAUCGCUUCGAUGAGGCGCAUCAUCAAUACCAAGGCGUUCAACAAAUUGUCGGUUCGACUGGAUACCAAACCGCGUAUCACUUUGAAGAGUACUCCAAUAUGACGAUCGAGUCGUCGCAGGCAUUUCCUAAAGGUGUACCCGACGCCUUCUCAUUUGAAUGCACAUUUCGUGUACCGGAAUUCGAUCCACCAAAUGAGUGGUUUCUUUUCGAAAUCUCAAAUUAUAGAUACGAGUCACAGAUGAGCAUCAUCAUGAAUCCGCUUUAUAAUGCGCUGGAAUUUUCAUUACCCAAAUAUGAUGGUACUUUGCAGACAGUUACGUAUGAGGAGCUGGAAAUAUUCGAUCAUUCAUGGCACAAAGUUAUGCUUGGAGUUACAGAGGAUGCUGUACGCCUUUGGGUCGAUUGCAAACCCGUACCGGAUCGUAGUGGCAGUUUGCAUACCCCACUUGAUGUGCGUAGUCCAAUUGAUUCGACUGAGGGUGCUUUUACUGUGGCACGUGACUGCAAAACUAAAAGCACAGUUCCUAUUGACUUGCAAUGGAUGAUCUUUAGUUGUGAUGUUGAUAAACCUAAUCGUGCCACGUGUGAAGAUCUUCCGCAAUAUGCAAAGGCCCCUAAGGGAGUUUCGGCACAGGAGUCAUAUACCACGCCGCGUGCAACUGUAGUGCCGUCGCCAAUACCACAGCGCCCAGAUUUGACAUUUCUAACUACUACCACUUACCGACCGGCACUUUUGACUUCUACUCCAGUUGCGUUGCAAGGGCAGGAGUUGCAUGCAUGCCCUGAAGUGUGUCCAAGAGGGCCACCUGGACAGCCAGGCCCACAAGGACCGCCGGGUCGAGUGGGUGCACCGGGGCAGUCAUAUUCGUAUGCCAAUCAGCAAGAUGGUCGUCCUAAUAUAGGAGAAAAAGGUGAACCAGGUGAUAUUGGCUUGCCUGGCAUACCCGGCCAAGACGGAGAACGUGGUUUGGAUGGUUUACCAGGUGCAAAAGGCGAACCCGGCUUAACUGGACCACCAGGUCUACCUGGAAUUAUUACAGCGGACGUACGUAAUACAGAAGAUAUACGUAAUAUGACUGUAGGCCUGCCCGGGCCUAAAGGUGAUAGUGGUUUACCGGGCUUAAAUGGCCAAAAAGGAGAACGUGGUUUUGACGGGUUGCCAGGACUAGUAGGUCAAAAGGGAGAACCAGGUUUUCCGGGUAUAGCAGGACCAUCAGGACUACCUGGACCUCCCGGUGAGUCUGGCACAACAAAUAAUGAAGUGCGAAAUAUAGAAGAACGCGAAAUACGUGAGAUUUGUUUGGCUGUUGUAAGAGACUACAUAAGUGAAAUUUCAACAACAAUAACUGGCCCCCCUGGUCCACCUGGUCGACGUGGUUACGGUCGCCCCGGACCACCAGGACACCCAGGCGCACAAGGUGAUCCUGGAGUUCCAGGACCGCCGGGUGAACGCGGUUAUCCUGGGCUGCCAGGUAUGCAGGGACCACAAGGUGAGACUGGUCCGCAAGGUCCGGAGGGACAAAAAGGUGAUCGCGGCGAAGAUGGUAUUGGUCUCCCCGGACCAAUGGGUUUACCUGGUACACAAGGUCCUGAAGGUCGUUGUGUGGAUGGCUUGCCUGGUAGACCUGGUGAACCUGGUGCUAUUGGUACACCUGGCCAACCUGGUGCACACGGUCCUCCUGGCCAGCCUGGAGUUUGCCAGGACUGUAAUGCCUAUCAAGCAGCUUAUGCGUAUCCUCUACUGCUGGCACAGCAACAACAAAAUAAUAAAGGUCCACCGAACUACAACAAUAAAGGGCCAUCCAAUUACUACAAUAAGGGUUAAAACUAAUUGUUUUUUGUUAAAAUGUUGAAAUUUUUUUAAUUUAAAUGAAAAUUUUCUUUAAAUGAAGGAAGAAAAGUUUUUGUAUUUGAAGCCUUUUCUAAAUUAAUAAAAAUAUUUUUUUUUUAGAAAGUCUUCAGGAGAGCACAGUA